UUCCUCUUCCUCUAUGAAGUACCAAGUCACAAGCAGAGCUGCAAGCCUUUUAGUCAGCCCAGGGUGCAGAACUGCGUCAGACAUGCUAAGGAGCGCCCUGCUGUCCGUGGUGCUCGCACUCGCGCGUGCCCAACCCUUCCCCUGCCCCAAAACCUGCAAGUGUGUGGUGCGCGAUGCCGCGCAGUGUUCGGGCGGCAGCGUGGCUCACAUCGCUGAGCUAGGUCUGCCCACGAACCUCACACACAUCCUGCUCUUCCGAAUGGACCAGGGCAUAUUGCGGAACCACAGCUUCAGCGGCAUGACGAUCCUUCAGCGCCUGAUGCUCUCAGACAGCCACAUUUCCGCCAUCGAGACAGGCACCUUCAAUGACCUAGUAAAACUGAAAACCCUCAGGUUGACGCGCAACAAAAUCUCUCAUCUUCCACGUGCGAUUCUGGAUAAGACGGUGCUCUUGGAACAGCUGUUCUUGGACCACAAUGCACUAAGGGACCUUGACCAAAACCUGUUUCAGAAACUGCUUAACUUGCAGGAGCUCUGUUUGAACCAGAAUCAGUUCUCUUUUCUUCCUGCUAACCUUUUCUCGAGCCUGGGAAAGCUCAAGGUGUUGGAUUUAUCGCGAAACAACCUGACCCACCUGCCCAAGGGAUUGCUUGGGGCGCAAGUGAACCUUGAGAAGCUGCUGCUGUAUUCAAACCAGCUCACGUCUGUGGAUUCGGGACUGCUGGGCAACCUGGGCGCCCUGACCGAGCUGCGGCUGGAGCGGAAUCACCUCCGCUCCAUCGCACCGGGUGCCUUCGACCGCCUCGGAAACCUGAGCUGCUUGACUCUGUCCGGAAACCUCCUAGAGUCUCUGCCGCCCGCGCUCUUCCUUCACGUGAGCGGCGUGACUCGGCUGACUCUGUUCGAGAACCCUCUGGAGGAGCUCCCGGAGGUGCUGUUCGGGGAGAUGGCCGGCCUGCGGGAGCUGUGGCUGAACGGCACCCACCUGAGCACGCUGCCCGCCGCCGCCUUCCGCAACCUGAGCGGCCUGCAGACGCUGGGGCUGACGCGGAACCCGCGCCUGGGCGCGCUCCCGCGCGGCGCGUUCCAGGGCCUGGCGGAGCUGCGCGUGCUCGCGCUGCACACCAACGCCCUGGCCGAGCUGCCGGACGACGCGCUGCGCGGCCUCGGGCGCCUGCGCCUGGUGUCGCUGCGCCACAACCGGCUGCGGGCCCUGCCGCGCACGCUCUUCCGCAACCUCAGCAGCCUCGAGACCGUGCAGCUAGAGCACAACCAGCUGGAGACGCUGCCGGGAGACGUGUUCGCGGCUCUGCCCCAGCUCACCCAGGUCCUGCUGGGACACAACCCCUGGCUCUGCGACUGUGGCCUCUGGCCCUUCCUCCAGUGGCUGCGGCACCACCAGGACCUCCUGGGCCGAGACGAGCCCCCGCAGUGCCGUGGCCCCGAGCCGCGCGCCAGCCUGUCGUUCUGGGAGCUGCUGCAGGGUGACCCGUGGUGCCCGGAUCCCCGCGGCCUGCCUCUCGACCCUCCAACGGAAAAUGCUCUGGAAGUCCCGGUUCCGUCCCAGCUGCCUAACAGCUCGCAGUCACGGGCGUGGGUCCAGCUGGUGACCAGCGGUGACAGUCCUGAUCACAGCCUCUACUGGAGUCUUUAUAUUCUGCUUCUAGUAGCCCAGGCCGUCAUAGCCGGGUUCAUCGUGUUUGCCAUGAUUAAAAUCGGCCAGUUGUUUCGGACAUUAAUCCGAGAGAAGCUCCUGUUUGAGGCGAUGGAAAAAUCGUGUAACUAAUUAAACUGUGACCAGAGCACUGUGGACGGGCGCCCCAAGAAGAAUCCAGUCAGGAUGCUGGCGUGUCAUUCCGCCAUUUCCCAUGCGGUUCACAACCCUCUCCCGUCCUCUCCUAGUUCUACUCUGUCCCUUCUCCUCCCCUCUCCUCAGAAGUACCUUUUGUAAACCGCUACUGCUUUCUAGCCUGGUCUGUUUCCUCCUCUGUUGUUUCUGGGAGAAAGGGGAGGGGGGAGCACGGAGAACGGGACUUGGCUCAUCCAGUCCCACUGUGCAUCGCUGGGUGCCUAAUUUGUUGGUGUCUGAAUUUGAUGCCACACACUGCCAGGUGGGCAAGACCUCUCCUGCACCCAGCAAGGAUACAGGCCUAAAAGGAACCCUAGAUCCCAGAGAUGAAGGCGCUUCCCAGGAAAAAGAGGAAAAAGCUGGAGUGUUCUUGUCUGAAAAGAGAAUUUGUGUCCGUUCCUUUUUAUUGUCUCAUUUUGAGUCCAUCUGCUCUGGGGAUGUUUGGAAGGGUCUCUGAUCCAGCUCCAGCGACGAAUUUCAGAGCAAGCCUCCACUGUGACAGGCUGAGCUAGGACACACAGGAGCUCCCGGCCCCACCCCAGUGACCGCAGCCACUUUGCAGCACCCACUCCUGACCCGACUAAAAUGGCUGUUGUCACGGAGGCGGGGAUAGGAGCUUCGAGGGGGUUCUGGAAGUCAUCUGGAGAAGCCCGUGUGCUGGGAAACUUGGGGAACUGCUCAGCGUGUCUGUCCCAUUGGCCUCCUGGGAGUUUCCAUCCGUCAUUUGUUUCCCAUUUCCUAGAGGUAAACGCCACAUCAUUUCACAAGCGUUUAUGGCGCUGUGACCAUGGGACAGGUGUUCAUGAUCGUAAUGACAGCUUGGUUUCCAGUGGACGGUGCUUGUAUCGCGUUCUCGUUUAUCCUUCCAAUAGAAAACAAUUAAACCCUUGUUGCAGUAAUUGGCUGUCUGUGCUUGUGAGAGACAGUGGUUAAACACGUGCGCUGGGCGCUGACAACUGAGUGUCCUCGUUUACUAACCCCUGCAGACUCUGUACACACAUCCUGUAAGCCUGGGUUUCCUCGUCCUUGAAAGGGGACAAAACAGUACCUGCCUCAUGACUGUCUCUCAAAAAGUAAAUAAAUAAAAAGGCGAGGUUUGAA